AUGAGUGCCCUGGACCGAGCUAGUCCGGACAGGGCAUAUGAUGAAAUUAAGCAAUUAGCUCUGGGAAUAGAACAGUCAAAGGCAAUGUUCGGUAGGAAAGGUUCCUUGCCCUUACUGUGGAAAUCUAGGCAUAGUACCUAUGCAUAUAGAACUGAAGAUGUACCGCAGAACAGCGCAAGAGACAAUACCUCGGGAGUUGAAAAGCGAUGGCAAGAAAGUCGGCCAUCAUUACCCAGUGUAGAGGGGCAAGGAAGAGGAAAGGAGGAAGAAGCUGGUAAGAAGUGUUUCAAUUGUGCGAGACAAGGACACUUCGACAGAGAUUGUCCAAGAAAACCGGUUAAGGUACAGAGCCUUAGAAAGGAGAAGCUCGGUAAAACUGCUGUAAAUGCGAAUUUCGUGUCACAUAUCAUUCGUAAAGUGCGUUGUGGUGGCGUGAAAACGUGA